AAGAAGAAGAAGAAGGAGCAGAAGAAGAAGUGCGCGUGUCGCUGCUGCGCGAACGAAGCGGAAAUAGAAACAUGCAGCAAAGUUUUACCUAAGUUUCGCGCACACCCGUUUUUAAUUCAUCCCCGUCACAAACAUGACCUCAAAUAUUACAGACGCCUCGCAGGACGAGCUGAUCAAUUUAAUAUAUCACCAUUUAAAGGACAACGGCUAUAAGAAAGCAGCCAACGUGCUGAGAAAGCACGCACCCCAGGUUGAAACUGAAGAAGUGAAAGCAUCCUUGAGUGAGAUCUUUAAGAAGUGGGCAAGCUUGGAUGAUGGAGAUAUUCCUCCUGUGCCUUCUGGUGUUCAGACUCCUGAGCUUCAGAGUCCUGCAAAGAGCAAGACAGGCUCUUCAACUGGAACCAAGUCUAAGGUCACAGCCCCAUCUGCUGUAGAUUGUCCAGAAAAUUCUAUGAGCAACAAGAAGGCUUCAGGAUUGGCAAAAAAAUCUACGAAAAAGAAGGAUUCAGUGCCUCCUUUAGUCCUUGCCGCUCCAGGGAAUAAUUCCGAUUCAGACUCUAGUUUAGAUGUGGAGAAGUGGAGGAAAAUGCUUUCCGAGUUAUCUGAUGCCGAUCGAGCAAAGAUGGAAGUUCUCUCAAUCUUGGAUGAAACUCCUGUCUCCUCACCUGCAAAGUCUUCAGCAAAGGGAAAGAUGACAAAGAAGCCGGCAAGAGCUAAAAAUGAGGGAAACCCAGCCAAGAAGGCAAAGUCCAAUACACCAGCAAAGGCGGCGAGUGCCAAACCUGAUGACAUUCCUGUAACGACCGAUGCAUCUGAGACUCCUUCAAAAAAGUCGAAACACAAAGAUGCUACAGCUAUUUCUGAUCAUGAAAUUAAGACACCAUCCAAAAAGGCUGGGAAUAAGACAAAUAGUAGUAUCUCAGGUCUUGAUGUGGUUAAGACCCCUAAAAGAACUAAAGGUAAAACUACUAACUCAUCUGUUCAGGAUGAGACUGAUAAACCAGAAGCACAUCAUGAAACUAAUGGACUCUUGGAAACUGACAAAAUGGCCACUCCACUGACAAGGACUAAAGAGGUUGGUGUGUCAGAUUCACAAGCCAAUAGGACUCCUAAAAGAGUUCAGUUUAGAGCAGAUCAUAGUUUUUCAGAGCAAGUCGAGACCCCUAAAAUAGCAAACGUUUGGAAAGAUAAUGGUACCUCAGAAACCAGCAGCACUGAAACUCCAUCUAAAAAGGCUAAAAAAAGGAAAGGCCAAUCUGAAGCUAGUAACGUUGAAACUGACAAUAGUCCCUUAAAUAAUAAAGAGGUUAAGGAAGCUGCUUGCAAGCUGCUAGAAACCAACCUUACAAUGGACGCUACCUCUGACCAAUCAGAGACGCAAUCAAAGAAAGUGAAAAGCAAGAAGUCUAAAAGUGUUGUAGGGCCUGUUCCUGAUGAGACGCCUUCUAAGAAGGUUAAAGUUAAGAAAACCGAAGGUGCUUCUGAGAUUGACCAAGAAACGACAUCUGAGAAAGCUGAUGUCUCUCUAGAAUCCGUUAAACCUGACUCUUCAUCUAAAAAAGCCAAACUUAAGGACAAUAAAAGCCAUUCAGAAACACUUGAGCCUGAAAUGCCGUCUAAAAAAGCUAAAGCCAAGAAAGUUAAAAGCAACGAAGAACCUGCUGGAGAAGUAGAAAUGACCAUUAAGAAGCUCAAAACGGUCAUGUCAGAUGAUGAUCUCCUGCAGUCCGACUCUACAAACAGCUUUUCGAAAAAAAGAAAAAACAAGGCUGCUGAUGUUGUGGAGAUCCAGAAUGACGUUCCUUCAGAAACGCCCUUAAAAAGUAGUAAAUCUCAAGCAAAAACUCUAGAUGGUGAUGGUUUGGGAAAUGAGGAAACCUCUAGUCAAGAUCUAAACACUCCUUCCAAAAAGGAAAAACGCAAAAGGGAAGAAGCUUGUGACGUCCCAGCACCGGAGGAGGCCACACCAGAGCCCAAGAAGGCCAAGAAAGACAAAGAGAAGAAGAAGAGCAAGGAGGGAGAAAAUGAAGAUUCUCUUCAACCACCAGCAGCAGAAGAAGCAUUUGUUCCUGUAGAAACAAAUCAGAAGAAAAAGAAGAAGAAGAAAGAGAAGGAGAGAGAAGAAGAAACAGAGGAGAUAAUUCCUGAUGAUCCUCCUGUAUCUGCUCCAGUUGAGGAGGUGGUAGUGCACAAAAAGAAAAAGAAGUCUUCCAAAGAGAAGCAGUUUAGUAGUGAUGAAGCUCAUGGACUCAACAGCACAUAACAGAUGUAACAGCCCUCGACACUUCAGUUCCCAAUCUCACAGUCUCGGCUGAAAUAAUGAUUUUACCCGAAUGCAUGCUCCGUCCUUACUGUUCAUAUGUAUGUAAGUCAGUGUUUGUAUGUUUUGUAUUUUUAUUGGGAGCUACAUUUUUGAGAAAUAUUUAGUAUUCUUGUUUUUCUAUUUUUGAUAACUGGACUUCCUGUGAUUAAAAAGGAUUUUAUUCCUUUUGUAUUGUU